GUCCAACAUGGCGGCCACCAUAACAAAGCAACGUGCAGAAGUUGAAGGUUCGUUGUACGAACUUCAAAGGCUCCAAGAGAAAGCUGAAAGGUACGAAAUGUAAAGGAAAACUACAAAGGAGCUCCAACACGUUCUGAAUAGUGAAUAUUUUUUAUAACUAAGAUAUAUUUUGAACUUGAGCUGCCCACAAAUUCAUCAGAUGAUGAUCGCUUUUUCUUAUGUUUGCAAAAUUAAGCUUUACUGCUGUAAUUGAUUACUUGUUCCAGACGAAAUGCUGUAAUUGAAGUUGGUAAACAGGAAAAAUCUGAGGUUGAUGAUUUGCAAGCUAAAGGUCAGUUAUCAGCAACGGUCAAAGCCGAAGAUUAACAAGCAAAAACACAAUUCUAAAAAUAAUAAGCUUAAGCUUACAUCAACAUGCAGAAACGCCAGCCUCUGGCAUGCCAUGAUUUUAACAGUAAAUUGUUAUUAACAUUAGCAUUGGUUAUUUUCAGUUGAAUGGUCAAUUAAGGCUAGUGACGUUAAAUUCAUAGUCAAUGGAACAUUUGGUAAUCGAACUCCAAUCGUUCGCUUGACUCCAAUUGGGUUCGCUGAUCGAACAUAAUCAAACUCACCCCAAAAUUUUGCCAAUCAAACACAAUCGAACAUCAGCGAAUGUUCGAAAAUCAAUCAUACUUCCAGCCUGCAAGCAAGCUCUCCGGGUUGCUCUGGUGGCGUGACGGGAAGAGGAAGGAGAGCUUUCAGCAAUGUCUCUGGAAUUUGAAUAUCUGCAUCAAAAAAGUUGAUGCAAAAUGCUUAUUGGCGGAGAUGACGUUAGUAAUGAUGUCAUUACCCUUGGCGUGUUUUUUGCAAUGUUUGUUUACAUGCGUGCUCUUCACUGCUUCGUGCUCAUUGGCGGAAAUCUGACAGCUCAGUUGACGGGGAGCGACUGGGAAACUGGAGGUGGAAUUCAAAUUCCAGAGAUGUAGUUGCAAGCUCUCCUUGCUUUUACUUCCUGCUGCCAGAGCGCCCCAACAGCUUGCUCGCAGGCUAUCGUACUGCAUAAAACUAGCCUGCAUCGCAGACACUCUAAACCUCCUGUAAAGAAUGUCAGAUGGACUAUACCAUUAAAUGGUAUAGAUGAUGUGUGGGCAGGCUGCAACACAGGCUAACAUUAACAAGUUUCAUCUCAUUUCAAACAAGACGCUGUGGUUAACAAAACAAUUAAGUUAUGUGUCCAAUUUCAAACACCAGUACAGACUAGGCAAGAUGUCAGAGGGAGCAGAAUACAUGAAAGCCUGCAUGAAACUAACAAUUCUGGAAUCGAACAGAUGGAAUUUACUGAAUAAGAGGGGAUUCUUUCCAAUUCAGUAAUUUUUUAAAACUAAAUACUCACUGAUUUUUAUACCAUUUUUGUCUUUCUACCGAGCAAAAUCGAACAAAUCACUUUAGUUUGUUUGAUUCGAGUUUGGUAAACGAACUAACAAUUUCUUUUAAUAGAACUAGCUGAAAAGUUCCAGUUCGAUUAUGUUCGAUUACCAAAACAAGUGAACAACAAUCAGACUGACUGGGUUCACUUGAGUUCGACUGAUUUUUGGUUCAGCUUUGUUCCAUUAGCCACGCUGGGAAAAGGUCAUUCAACUUGUUGAUUGUUGUAAAGAGAAAAGUGGUGGACUCCAUUCCAUUCAGCAAGUUGUAACUUGUGCAUCAGUCAAUUCCUGCUUUUUGAAUAACUACAAACAAAACGUUCAGUAAGACUGACAGACUGUUGUUGCUUCAAAGUAUCAGUCAUUUCCUUCCAUACCCCAUCCCCAGUGAACUGCCCCCAGUUUUUCUUCUCAGAUGACAAAUAGUUUUUCUUCUCAGAUGACAAAUUCUUGGGGACAAGGAUGCUUAAACAGCCAAGCACCUGCAAAGGAGAUAAGAAUAGGAGGGCAAAUGGAUGGUGCAGUUGAAAUUGAUUGAUGCAUUAGGAAAUCAUCAUCAUUAUCAAUCUGCCUUUUGGUUGGGAUGCUCUGAACAAUAUUAUAACACACAUUCGAGUCCAUCAUAAUCGUCCAUCAUAGCAUUUACACUCAAUUCUAGAAUCCCUUGAGAUGGUAUUAGGAAAUAACGAUGGUCAAACUAACUGAACUUUUUGUUUCUACUCAUUCAACAAUUGCAUCACCCAAAGUAUGUUGAGCAACAACUUUUGAUUGAUGUUGAAUCAUGUCAUCAGCUUGAAGGAAAGAUACAUUUGACAAAACCUGUGUUUUGUGUUUCACCAUUGGCUAUCGUUUUUAUUAUUUUUUUUCUUUCACAAAUCUUAAAUUUGAAUGAAUGAUGGGCUUUCACUGCUUCUGAAAAUGCUUUAGCCUCCUCCCACUAUUGGAAAAACAAAUUCCUAUCCCUCCAAAAAAAGCAGUGGAGUUUUCAGUACUUAGAUCUAGAAGCCACUUGUUCUGGACAUUCUAUUAUUUAUUGUAAUUUUAUUCAUAAUUUUUGGUCUUUUGAAUUUCUCAACCUGGCAGUUGAUCAGUUAAAAGAAAGAAGAAAUAAACUCCGCAAAAGGCUGAAUAAUGGUCCCCAUGAAAUAUUACAGAAGUAUCUGAAAAAAAGCAAAGGUAGGUUUAUUUGGCAGAUUUUCUGAAGCUCAGUAUUAUUUCUCUUAAUCGCAUGUUUGUUCCCUACAUAUAAAUUAUUUUGUUUUGCAGUACUUGCACUAAAACUGCAUCCUGGCAAAUCAGAUUAUUUCCCAAUUAAACAUGCAGUAAGAAGUGCAUUAAACAAAAUUAAAUGCCAUUGUUUUUCCCAGUUGUAAUGGAAUAUAAUAUUGUUGUUUUAAAUGGUCCAACUGUUCAAAAAUUUAAAUCAUGAAGCAAAUUAGUCGACUGGUGGUUCGUGGUCAAAAGCCAAAUUAUUUGCUUUGCAGUGCUUGAACAUUUACAGAACUUUUUUGUGAGGUUAGUUAUAAAUGUUACUGACUGCACAUGAAACAGUUAUCUUGUAAUAGCAAAAGGUAGUAAGUACUACUGAGCAACAUACAUUAUAUUAUUCAUCCACACUUGUAUUCAUUUUCAACAGUCAGAGUGUCAAUUUGUCUAACAACGACUGUCCUUAAAGUGCUAUUCCCUCUGUUUUUUUAUAUCAAUUAUUUUUGUGCUUGCCUUAACUUUGUUGAAGGUCAGUCUUCAAGGAAGGACAUUGUCACAGGCACCAGUAAUAAGGUACUAUAUAGCUGAUUGUGAAUGGUAAUGAGAAAGUGUUUCAUGUGUAGUGGUGACAAUAUUUACAGAUAACUGAGGGAAAAACCUCAGUGCUUUGUUAAGGUAGUAAAAAUUAUAAUCUACAGAUAUAACAUCAUAUUGACAGGAAAAUGUUAUUGAAAGUAUUUCAGAAAUUUUGAUGUGGAUAAAAUACUAUCAUUUUGAGGCAACUAAAUUUUGUGUUUUGUGUUGCAAAUGCUCAUCAAAUUGCAAAAAUUAGGUCUCACUGUGACAUAAAUAAUAAUUUUUUAAUGUACUGAUGAAAUUUGUACUACAUUUGGGUAGUUUCUUUUAAAUUGCUUUAUUGAACUCUGUAAAUAUCAGUUACCUUAGCAGGGCUGUCACCAAGAUUGCAUGUUCAUGGCUAUUAGUAGGUGGGGAAUUGAACAAAUAAAAAAUGAAUGAAAACCCUGUCUUAAUAAGCCAUCUUGUGUAUUUAAACAUCACAAUGGUACAUGUAUGGUCAAGGCUUGAACUCAGAUCACCCCCAAAUCCAAAGUUGCAUACAUUAUUAAUAACCACUACUAAACCACCAUGUGUCCUUCAGUUGACGCAAUACUAUGUAUAUUUAUAGGCUAUCAUCACAGCUGUGAGAAUGUUACAAAAACAUAAGGUACGAGGAACAUCUCAUUUUACAAUAUUUAAAAUAACUAUUGGAGGUUUUAGUUUACCUGAUUUUUAAGCUAUUCUUUCUCUUUAAGAUGCUUCCAUUAUUCAGCCGGAAUUCUCUGACUGAAAAUUUAAGCUACUUGACUUUUAGCCAAUGAUACAUCAAGAGGAAAUUAUUUGAGUGACAUAUUCAGUAUUCUUUACAAUCAUUAUACUCAAAUAUUUUUUGAGGUAAUGUUUUUCUGCUUUCAGCUUACUGACCUGUGUGACACCUACAGACUGACAGGCAUCUCAAUAGCUUCCCAGGAAGCCAAAAGGACUUGUUUUAGAUGCGAAACAUUUUUUAACUGUAAGUUGAAAUAUGAAGUUGGUGCAUAUUCUUAGCAAUUUGCUCAUAAUUCUAGUGUUCUUGCUCCAUAAUUAUCUAUACAUUGUUUCUCUGGACACUUCGAAUGUCCUGUUUUUUUUUUUUUCAGAUAUAAAAAAACCUCAAGCUUGACCUAGAGGCCACCUUUUUAUCAAACAGCCUCUUUUUGUCCUGAUAAACAGAUCAUAAUAUUCAUACAUUCAUUCUUUUUUCAAGCUCCCCUUAAUGACCACUUCUUUACAAUUACCAUUUACCUCCAACCCCCUUAGUUGUUAUUUUUACAUUUGUAUUUUGGUUUUCUUGUUGUACAAGUCAGAAGAUCACCAAUUUUGAUCACUUGAAAUUCAAGUUGUAAGUAAUUCUUUUUUUUUUCAACCAAUAGCAAGAUAUCGUGAACCAUAUUAUAUUGAAGUAGAGUUAAAGGACAACAGUUUAAAGGUGAGUUGUCAAUGACACAACACUGUAUGUCUUGUUAUAAUAUUCUGGUAGAAUCGUGAGGGUUUAAAAAUUGAGUGGAUUCUGCCUGUACAUAUAUUUAGGCCUUCAAUCGGGGGAUAAGCAAAAUGUUAAACAAAAUAGUUUGUCUUGAAAUCACAACUAGUAAGGGCCAAUAAAAUAAUAUUACAGUCAAACCAGGUCAAGUGUUCCCGUCGCUAACAAACUAAUGAAUUCAUUAAUGGAAAAAUGAUUUCAUUUGUUGAUUCAAUAAUCCAUUCAUAAAAUGAAUAAUCCAACGGUCAAAUUGUACCUCGAUUCAAUAAUCAAAUGUUGAUUUGGUUUAUGAACAAAAUCUACCUGUUCUUUAUUCUUGUCUGUUGUGUUCAAUCGUAUUUGCUUCCCUUUUCUUGCCGUUUACGAUUGCGUUUUUCAUUGCCUUUAAUCAAAAUAACAGCUAGAAUAGACAGACCGCAAACGCAAAGAAACUGAAAAAGGCCGAGGAUCGAAAUCCACCAAUCACCGCACAUACACUGACCUCAGUUUGACUGUCGUGUUUUCUAAGAGGUCAGGCCUAGGUCUGUUGCACUGAUUAUUGGCAGUUAACUGGCGUACAUGUAACAGUUUGUUUGGGUUUGAACUUCAGAACUCGCCAGCACUCGACUCUCAGAAAAAAAAAAGAGGAAAAAACAAAAUUCUGAGGUCAACUUGUGGAAAGUGUAAUUUUUCAAAAAACAGUAAUCGAAUCAACAUUUGAUUAUGGAAUCGAGGCUAAAUAUGACUAUUGGAUUGUUCAUUUUAUGAAUGGAUUAUUGAAUCAACAAACGAAAUCAUUUUUCCGUGAAUGAAUUCAUUAGUUCGUUAGCGACGGGAACGCUUGACCUGGUUUGACUGUAAUAUUUCUUGUUAUCACUCAAAUUCUUAGCCAGUGUGGUAGGUUUCAAAAGGGGUGGUUGAGGAAAAGGAAAAGGGAUGUCUGCUAUAGGAGACACCUAUUGUUUUUUUUCUGCAGUUGCUAGUGGUUGCAAAUUUCUGUUUGGCUGAGCUGUAAAAUUAUUAGUAACUUACUGAUGUGCAUUAAAUAGGAAGCAAUACAUGACAAUGAAAGGUAAUGAAGCAGGGUUGUCACCAAGGGCCAGGGGCGGGGGAUUUCCCCUGGUUACUUUCAUGGGAAGCAUGAAGGAAAAUAGAACCAAAAGUAAUUUCUGCAUGUGUCACAGCUGUUCAAUUACCCACCUACUAUUAUUGAAUGAACCCGGAACCCUGAAAUCUUAGUGACAGCCCUGAUGAAAAAAAAAACAUGUUCUAUUGGAGCAUCUAGUAGCAAUUAGUGAGUAUUAUUUGAUCUGGGUUACUUACAGAGCUUCUUCUAUGUUUAAAAGAUCCUUUUUACAUCCCUUUUUUAGAUCUGCAAGCAUACUGUACUCUAUUUUAUCCCAGUUGACUCGAUAUGUCAACAGUACUUGAACAGUGAUAUUAAGGUAUUUUGUACUUGGUUGAAUUAUGUUUUUUUCCCUCAAAUACAUAAAGUAUCAGGAAUUUGACAAACCAUUGGUGAUUGUCCAAGUUAGGUUUGUACAGAAAGAGAUAAUUACCUUCAGUUUGUGAUUCUUCAUGAUGGUCAUCACAACAAAAUAAAAAGUUCCUUACAUGAGAAUAAAACUCUGAAAUCCUCCCAUUUUGUGGUCAUAUGACUUAAGUCAUGCUUUUUUUAUUCAAAUGCCUCUUGAGUAGGUUAAACGUAGGUGAAUUGUGCGUGACAAAGUGCUGUCCCAUACUCGGGGGCAAGUGGAGAAACCCAUCCAGCUGGUGUGUGUUAAAAUGAGUUUUCCGACCGGCAAGCCAAAUGCCUAGAUAAAGUAAAUGCAUGUGAAAAGGGGAAUGCUAAGCCUGUACGACUGCUCUGGGCUACUCUGAUAAAGUAUUUUAGUGUUGUAUUGAAAGGAAAAUGAUAAAAUUUGGUGUUGGGCAGACAAGUAGUUGAUUAAAGAAGUAGCUAGAAGUAGGAGAGGCUGUUGCUCAGGAAGUUGGACUACUUAAACAUCGGAGUCUGAGAAAAAUAUUCUGGAGUUUGCUCCAAUCAAGCAGUCUGGAUUUUGGGGGUUCUCCCUAUUUGGAAGUCCUAAAUGUUUUACAAAGUUGCCCUGAAAGAUGUACUGGAGUAUUUUUACACAGUUUUAUUUCAUAGUAUAGUACUUGAAAGUGAUGUCAUCCCAAGGAAACUCAAAUUUUCUAAUCACUUUAUGUUUAAUCGAUUGUUCUGACUUGAUGAAUAUUGAUUUUUUUCUUUCAGAAAUUUUUCAUGGUCAUCUCAGAGCAUUUGAAUGCAUUUGUAGCAAGACGAGAACAGGUAACUUGAGAGAUUAUUCUGUCUUUGUUUAUAUCUAUUCAAAGGGAACAAACAGCAAAUUGUUGUUGCUCAAAAUGUCUAUAUGGUUUAACUGUUCUUCCGUAGAAUGUCCAAAAUGUGUGCAACUCCACAAUUGACCACUCCAGAAAUACCAUAACAUACCAUAAUGCUCUUUGUAACAGUUUGUCACUCCAAAAUUUUGCAUAAGCAUUGUCUUCAGUUUCUCUUGGGAGUUAAAAUGGCCCCAAGAGAAACUGAAAACAAUGCUUAUGCAAAAUUUGGGGUGAAAAACAAAGAGCAUUAUGGUAUGCUAUGGUAUUUUCUGGAGUGGUCAAUUGGUUUUGGCUCCAUUAAAUCUUUUACCAAUAACAGAAAAUUUUAGAAGGAGCCACCCACAAUGUGAGCACAGUUAUAUGAGUAGGAAAACAGUCUAAACAAAAUGUACAUGUAAUGCGUUUAAUGACAUUUUUUAUCGUGCAAAGAACUUCCGUAGUUAAACUUUAUUGAUCUCUUUAGCUAAUAAUAAUAAUAAUACUACUGUCUUUGUUUGAUUGAAGUUUUGCAUUAUCUUUCACUUGAGCACCUCAUCUUUAAGUAAAUUCUUCCCACAGGUUCAUCUUUGCCAGGAGCUUCACAGAGAAAAAUUAGAAGGAGAAAUAUCAUGCAGCCCUGCCCAUGAUUUUGUUCAAUUUAAACCCAAGGUAGGGUAA